AUGAAGCUCUGCGGCCUGGGGACGGCCCUGGUGCUCACGUUCUCGGACCCAGUCGUCGACGUGCUCAACGAGGCCGGCGCGCGGUCGGGCGUCAACGCCUUCUACGUGUCCUUCGUCGUCGCGCCCAUCAUCACGAACGGGAGCGAGGUCCUCGCGUCCUACACCUUCGCGCUCAAGAAGACGCAGAAGUCCAUGGUCGUCGCCUACGAGCAGCUCCUGGGCGCGGCGGUCAUGAACAACACGUACUGCCUCCUCGUCUUCCUCGCCAUCAUCUACUUCCAGAAGCUCUACUGGAAGUACACGGCGGAGACGCUCGCGAUCCUCGCCGCGGAGGCCUGCGUCUUCGCCGUCGCGACGCGGCCCGUCCACACGCCGAAGACGGCGCUCGCGGUGCUGUCGCUCUUCCCCGCGACCAUCGCGCUCGUCUACGUCCUCGAGACCUACGUGGGCCUCGCCUAA